CCUGGUCUAGUGAGAGAGGAGCAGAUCAACGCCAACAGCCAACAUCAGCUCUAUACAAUCCUUCUGGGCCUGAACGUCUACUGCAGAAUGGCGAGUGCACUGAGAUCUUGGACUGUGCCGCUGGCUCUUGUGCUGUGUGUCGUCGUGUGUCUCAGCAGCCUGGCUGAAGCUUACCCGCCAAAACCAGAACCUCCAGCGGGAGAUGUGGGUCCAGAGGAGAUGGCCAACUACCACACGGCUCUAAGACACUACAUCAACCUCAUCACACGACAGAGAUAUGGGAAGCGAUCCACCCCUGAGGAAGCCGUGGCUGAACUGUUGUUCGGUGAAAAUGAACAGGACGUCAGGCCCCGUGUGGAAGACUUGUUAUGGUGACGUGACUCCUCUCUGUGGCUGUUGCAGUGGCUUUAUUCAUUCAUUAAUCUCUAUGAUAAUAAAUGAGUUUACUGAACAGCAGAAACCAGCAUAAGCCAAACCCUCAUCAAAAUGAGGCUCCGAAAACACCUCAUGAUCUAUACAUCUCUAUCAGCCUCUUUCUUUCUUUACUUUCUUCUCUCUCUUUCUCUUAUGAGUUGAUUUAUGCUUUGUGAAAGACAAUUGUAAAUAAUUUAUUAUUCAAUGACAAAAUUGACAAUAAUAAAAAAAUUACUGGAUGU